AUGGCAACGGCGGUCUACUACCCUGACGAACCACUUCAGGAAGGCGAAAUUCGGCUCAUCAGGCUGUUGGCCGGAGAAUGGACCACUUCGAUACAAUGCCAUUUGUUCCGUGCCGACACUGAAACGCUGCAGUAUCGUGCACUUUCGUACGUGUGGGGAUCCCAGCGAGUAACUCGACCCGUGCUCGUCAACGGCGUGAUUUGUCAGCUCACAUUCAAUCUCGAAAGCGCGUUACGACACCUACGAGAAAAAUACAAAGACGGGCUUGUUCUCUGGGUGGAUGCACUGUGUAUUAAUCAGGAUGACGUUAAAGAGAGAACGCAACAGGUGCAGCUGAUGGGCCAAAUAUAUCAGAGCUGUCAAGAGGUCAUCGUCUACCUUGGAGACCGGCUUGAGAGUGCUGCGCGACCACCUGCAGUCAUUAGCUUCGAUCCAGAUACGCCUCCCAAACUCGAGGUGUUAGAUAUUCAUCAUAAAUUUCAUUCUCAGCGAGAGGUCAGUGUGUGCCAGGUUUUUGAAUUCCUUCACAGAUUGAGUCACGAUUACCACCUUGAUAGCACAGCUGUAUUCUCUCGCAAUGGAGAAAAAGGCAGUGACGAAUGGAACGCGAACUUCGACACCAAUCGGAUAAAACUUUUCGAAGCUCUUAGAAGACUGAUGUACCCUCCCUUCACGCCAUUCUGGAAUCGAAUAUGGGUAGUACAAGAGCUCGUAUUUGCCCCCCAGAUUAUUGUCGUUCAUGGCACUAUAUCAGCCCCGUGGAGUAUGUUUGCGAGGGCUGCAUCAAGCUACAUCAAUCACAGUCUUGCAUGCUGCUCUAGAACAGCCACACAAUUGCCUCGAGAUCAGAUGAAAGUUCUCAUCGAUUGCAGUCAUCGCAUCUUAGACAUUGAGAAGCUUCGGGAUAGAAAGGAUCUGAACUAUAAAUCGAUUACCAAAACCGAUGCCCUGCAAAGCGAUAGAGACAGAUCAUUGCUGGCAUUGCUAUGCAAAUUCCGAGAUCGAAAAGCGUCAGAUCCACGAGACAAAGUGUAUGCACUUCUCAGCAUGGUUCAAGUUCCAGAAGGAGAACCGCAUAUGGCGCCAGACUACUCACUAAGUGAAGUAGAUGUGUUUCGCAAAGCGACACUCGAAGCCAUUUAUGGGUCGAAAUCCCUUCGUGUUUUCAGUACCGAGCUCGGAAGAAAGUUCAGAGACGAUUUACCUUCAUGGGUUCCGGAUUGGGGUGCUCCCGGAGGUCAUACAUAUAGCAUACGAGCAGAAGCUGCGGAGUUGUAUGAUGCGUGUCCUGGAACAGCAGUUACUAGGGAUGUGGUCCGAGAAGAAGCUCCCUGCCAACUGUCGGUUCAAGGUGUAAGAAUUGCCAUGGUAGAGCAUGUAGAUGUGCUCAUGUUGGGGGACGAUGCAGAUGCUUGCCGAGACACACUUAGACGAUGGUGGGAUCAUGUGCCUUUCGAAGAUGGAAACUAUUUCUGGAGAAUCAUAUGCGCGGAUGUCGUUCAUGCUCGGCAUCCAGGUGUCAAGGUUCGACGAACGAUAUACGACGACGAGUUGUCCUUCAUAACCUGGGCGCAACUAUCAAAGCGAUCACCGUUUAAAGAAUCUUGCAAAGGGAGCUUUGAAAGUCAGAAGAACGACCAUAUGUGGUCGGAUGCAGCGAGGGCAUGGAGGGAAGUGCUCCUCCUUUGGCCCGAUAUGGUACGGUCAGAUUUAUUAUCUCUGUCAAGGUGGUUCUGUCGCUGUGUCAUUCCUCACAGUUACAUUGCCAACCUGCAAGAGCUCACACAACGAGUGAGGAAGUUGUUGCGUUUUACUAGCCCUUGCGUGUAUUCUGAAGACCAGCUGCUUCAUAGCUCUGGAGAUACCCGGCAGGACGCACCUUGGAAAGAGUUUCGCGGCCUAAUCUGGAACCGGCUAAUCCAAACGUAUGGUCCAGAGGUCAAGCUCGACCCCCGCCCAAGGGAGAAUCUUGUAUCGACCAUAGACCACACAAUCAUGGCGGCCACUCUUUCUCGGCGUCUAAUUCGUACCGGCAAUGGCUACAUAGGGCUUGGACCGGCGGCCACGAUGGUAGGCGAUGAAGUGUUCAUAUUGAGAGGAGGAAAAACGCCGUUUGUUCUACGUAGAUCGCGGCGAGACCUCGUAUACGAAGUCGUGGGCGAUUGUUAUAUGCAAGGACUGAUGUAUGGUGAAGGUAGAGAGGGUAUUGAACCAGAGGAUGGGUGGGAGAAUAUUGUGCUUAUAUAG